CACUCUCCGAUCGCUGAUCGCGAUUCCAUGCUCACGUAAAGGCAGUGUCUGCUCUUGCUGUCCUCGCCGCCGUCCUGCCAUUCCUGUGUUUUCAUAGGACUUUUCAAUUUCACUUGUUGACUUUGGAUUGGGCACGUACUCGUGACCAGGCCGCAAGAGCUUUCACCACUUUACUAUCUUGUCAUCAUUAUUGAUUCUUUCUAUGACCCAAGUCAGGGCUGCUUAUCAUUACUCAAAAGCCCGGGUGGGAGGGCUACUCGAUUCAUCAUCGAGGGGUUUUUCUUAUAUCUAGCUUAUCUUACAACACCGAAAUGACUACAGCAUUUCCAAAGCCCUCCUGGGCCUUGAAGAAACAAGUCCUUGUUUCUUUGCCUCAGGGCGAUAAUCCUUGUUUGGCUAAGCUUUACAUUGACUACGAUGGAGAAGCUAAUCAAGGCACCAUAUCACUCAAUUUCAAAGCAAACUUAUUAGCUAACUCGAAAGGCAAACUAGAACAAUUCUCAUUGAAUAUCCCCCCAAGCGCAGUCGAAAGGUACAAGGUCGUACAGCCCACCACCGAAACGCUUUUCCCGGAAUCCUUUUUGGCGGAACUCCCAGCCCAGACGCAGUGCAUCUCGACAGUCGUAACACUGACACUUCAGCUGCAUGAAAUGGGUACUGUUGCUGGUCCGCCUCUCAUCCAGCCCCCGGAUCAAGAAGACUCCAAUCUCGCCGCGUUUGAAAAGAUCUGCAAAUCUAGUUCACUCUAUAUACACUUUACCCAGCGACAAUUCAACCACGGUGAACUCGACCGGCUCAAGACUUUUUUCUUCACACUAAAAGAAGGACUCCAGCCGAAGGUUUUCAACCAUGCUCGCAAAGGCAGAAUUGAGCGAGAUGGCCAUGUCUUUGGGAAGAUGCUUGAUCCUCCCCCAUACUUGGAGGAAACCGAGCCCAAACAGGCGAAGAAGGGAGAGGACCUACCCUCAUACAAACACCACUUAAAAGGAGUGCACGUGGGUGGAAAACGUCGCCGAGACCACUCAUCAAUACCACCCGAGGAUGAUAGACGAACAAGACGUGUUCUUACAUCUCCAGAACCUUCGUGUUGUUCCACCGAACCCAAUACACCGAGUAUUCCAUCCCCAUUAUCGGCCUCAAUCCAGCCAACCCACUUUACGCGUGCUUCAUCGCUUGGCCGCAUAGAACACGAUACCCUUGCACGUAUUGAGAAUCUGCUCCAGGGGGCUUCCGAUAAUCUCAUCCGCCACUUAUUGACUCGCCUGGGAUGCCGCUGUCAGCGGACUACCCCUGCACCUGUAGAGAGCAACCUGUCACCCCAAUCCGAGAAAGAGCGGAUCGAUCCCAAUGUCCAAGAAUACAUCGACCGGGCGAUUGCGGCCCACUUCCAGUCGGACAACAUCCAGACGAUCUUCGAGAACAUGGUGAGCAAGGGGGUGGACCAGGUCUUCGAUGCCUGCCAAAUGCACGAGACCGAGUUCCGCGAGCAGGUCGAGGAAUGUAAUGCCGAGGUCCGCAUGACAGCCAAUGAGUGUGUGAAGGAGAUACAAGAGCAAGCACAACAGUGCAAGGACGAGAUAGAUGAACAGGUGCAACAGUGCAAGGACGAUAUCAAGGUUCAGGGAGAAGAGGCCGAGAUGUCUGCGGAGGAGGCAGAGGUUGCUCGGUUACGGCGCUGGUUUGACAUCGUGUCGGCCCAGGUCCGACCCUUCGGUAGCUGCAAGUCAAGCCCUACUACGAGCCAUCGCCAUGAGCUCAGCACUGCUACUACUAAUGUCAGACGCAGCUCCUUCUAAGUUAGUACGUGGUUGCGUAGUGGUUCACGCCAUGCUUAUGUAUGUCAUUUAGCAUUGCUGUCGUGCACUGCCCUUACGAUUCCUAUCAUCACUGACUGCCCCUGCAAUCAUCUCAGUUUACACAUAUUGUACUGUACCUGAGCUACUUUGUACAUAGUGCUAAAGUGAGAGAGAAAAACAACAAUCACAUACUGUAUUUUUCUGGUUGAGGGCAUGCGAUUACGGUAGUCCGGGAGAUAUUAU